UUUCAGCAUAGAUUUGGAUGAAAAGGAAUUAAACAUUACAAUAGGAAAUUCUCAUCACCCUAUCGCAUUAAUUAAAAGUUCUUUAUUGAUACAUUUUCAUUGUUAAUUACCUAAGCCACCUAUUUAUGAUUGGUUCAUUAUUGUGUCGUAAGUUUGCAUAUAAAAAAAUCUAAAAGUUUGAACAAAAGAAAAAAAAAACCUUGUGUCGGAGAACUUUCCUUAGUUCUCGCAAACUUAAAUAUAUAAGCGAAUUUUCGUCUUAGAGAUGAGGAUAUAGUAAAGGAAUUCAACUUUUUAACGACUAAUAACGAAAAAUACACCUUUUAAAAGAGCAAAAUUUUUUUAAAAAAACCAAACUGUUUACAGUCACUUCUUGCUUUCUAUUUACAUCAAAUAUCACUUUAUUACCGCUAUCCAAUAUUCAUCCUUCAUUCCGCAAAUGAAAUAUCACAGACUACCACGUUCUAGUUCCGGUCAUGGCUUUACUUCUUCUGACACAUGGUUAAACUAUUUUACGUGUUUUAAUUUGUUCUUUUUUUCCUCAGCAAAUAGCCACUUUAAACGUACCACAAACGCGUGGUAUAGAACCCAUGGUUAUCAUACUCCUUUUGAUAUUUGGCUUGUCUUGCAAUGGAUAGUUAUAAUAAUAUUAAUUACAGGAUACUAUGGAUUUUCAAUAAAAUUCAUAGUUAAAGAUGAAGAAUAUGAAGAGCAAGCGUUUCUCAAGGAAUAUGAUGUUUAUAAUGUUCACAGGAGAUCAACUUGGAAUUUUUUGGGAUUCUUUUUUAUUUUUAUUGUAAUUUUUACCAGCAUAAAAGUUUCAUUAACUGAUACAGCAGAUGCACGUGUGAUGAGAGAAGGAAAGGAAAGAGAUAUGUCAUAUGCAAGAACAACAGGAAUUCCAGUUGUUGUGGAUGGCUGGUGUUAUAUUUGUAGAUCUAAUGUAGGAUCAGGUACAAGACAUUGUAAAUAUUGUAAUAAGUGCGUAAAAGGUUUUGAUCAUCAUUGUCGAUGGCUAAAUUGCUGUAUCGCGGAAGCCAAUUAUAGGACGUUCAUAUUAUUUAUAAUAUCUUCUUUUAUCGCGUCAACAAUGAGCCUUUGGCUUGCACUUUGCGCUAUAAAUGUAUAUUUUGGUGCGGAAACGGUUGACGAUUAUUUCAUGAGCCUUUAUGAGAUAUUUUCUCCAUCAACUCCUUAUAUCAUAGUUAUUGGGUUAUUUAUUAACCUUAUCCUAAUAAUAGUAAGUUUAUGUGUUGUAUUAUUUGUUGGACAUUUAUUAUUCUUUCACAUCAGAUUAUACUUGAUGGAUAUGACAACAGUUGAAUAUUUGAGUCAUCAACAGCAAGGGAGAUAUUAUAGUGAUAAUUACGAAGAUGAAGAUGACGAGAAUCCAUGGAGAAGACCUUAUUAUCCUAAUCCAUGGAGACGGAGAAUCAUGGGAGGGAUUAGAAAACUUUACAUAUUUGCACGGUGCUGCAAGAAAAAAAGUAAGUAUAAAUAUAGAGGAAGAGAUUCAGUUUAUGGAUUUGAUGUAAAUAAUGUGUAAAGUUGACAAUUAUGACUCUCGCUGGAUGAGAGCGAAGAUUAUUUUAUAUAUUAUAUAUUAGCGAAUUUGAUUAAAUAUAUCUAUUGUUUAAUUUACACGCUGGACGAUAUAUAUAAUUUAAUUUGUAAUUUUUUUUUUUUUUUU